UCCGCCUGCGUGCUCUCCACUUUCCCAGGAAGGCAAACGCGUCGACGCUUCGGCACUUUGGCAGAGGACGGGACACCGUGUCAGGAAAACGCCAGGAAAAACCAUUCAACAAGUGACUUUCUCCGAGGCUGCUCCCGGAGGAGGAGGGACCGUGCAGGCUCAAAGUUGCUGAAUGGAAAGUUUAACCAAACAAAAACUUCCUUAAACGCGGGGAACUUUAAGUAAGCCAUCACCAUUGGACGUAGUGGAAGGUGUAGUCUUUUUUUUUUCUUCCUUUUCCCCAGCAGUAUGAGAGGAGUGCUGGUUUUCCAGAUGUGGACAGUGUUGUUGUUGGGCGCUGUGAGCGGAGUCGGGAGGGCGCAGGUCUCCACCGCCAGGGUGCUGAGGGGCAACAGCAGGAGAGAAGACUUGUACAGCAAAGAGGAAAACAUCACGGUAACACCAAUGGGUGGAUUCAUCCACAGCCCACGCUACCCCAACGCUUAUCCUCGCAACCUGAUGUUGUCAUGGAAACUGACGUCACCGCCAGGGAGCCGCAUACACCUGGAGUUUGACGGACACUUUGGCCUGGAGGAGCCCGAGGAUGGGGUGUGCAGGUAUGACUUUGUUGAAGUGGAGGACUAUUCCGAGACCAUCACCAUCAUUUGGGGAAGCUGGUGUGGGCAGACAGCACCACCUGCUAUGACUUCCAAAAGCAACCUGCUCAGAAUCACCUUCAAGUCUGAUGAUUACUUUGUCGCGAAGCCGGGAUUCAAAAUCUACUACUCGUUGGCGGUCGAAUCUACUCUGCCUGCCUCCAAGAGCAACUGGGAGUCUGUAACGAUGCCCAUGUCGGACAUGGGUGUAAGGGAAACGUUGAUGGCAGUGACAGAGGUUCCUUUCUCACUGGAGGAUUUAGACAGAACCAUAGCUGCCUUCGACACAGUGGAACAGCUUUUCAAAUCCUUCAACCCAGACACCUGGAGACAGGACCUGGACAGCAUCUACUCCCAGGCAUACAUACAUUAUAGAUCCAGGACCUAUCACCUGUCAGGCAGACACAAUAAAGUGGAUCUGAAUCGUCUCUAUGACGAGGUUAAGCGAUACAGCUGCACUCCUCGCAAUUACUCGGUGAACCUGCGUGAAGAGCUGAGGAUCACCAACGCUGUCUUCUUCCCUCGAUGUCUGUUGGUGAAACGCUGUGGCGGCAACUGUGGAUGUGGAACCGAUAACUGGAAUAACGGCUGCAGCUGCCGGCCCUUGAAAACAUCGGUCAAACUACACGAGGUGCUGAAGUACGCACCUGAGACCAGUCCGCACAGGCGCUAUCAGAGAUCAAGGGUGCGUUGGAUCAUCGAUGAGAUCUUCCUCACCCACCACGACACGUGUGAGUGCGUGUGUCCCUCCCAGCCGCCUCGCUGACACACUCAUUCUGGCUCGAGCAUCUGGAACUGAUGGAUGAGUCUUUUUAUCGAUUUUGCAAUGAACUUUAUAUAACAAACAGCACCGCUGGCAAGCAUGCAGGAAAGAAGAGGGCAGCAAUUUGACUGAUAGACUGCAGCGCACAUCCUGCUCAAUGGCAUUCGCUCUUGCAAGUAAACCACUUAUUUUUGUGCACAGGCCAAACUUUAUAAAUGCAUAAAAGUUUUACAGCCAAACGUCAUUCAACAUUCCAGCAACUUAGUGAGAACCAACCAGAUAAACCUUCACUGGUCACGCCACAGCUAAAACAGACAGAGGAACCCAAAUUUGAGUCAGUUAGUUAUCAUGAUAUGAUUUUUGAUUAUAUAAUGUAAACUUGGACUUGGAUGGGUUGUUUUUUGUUUCUUUUCAAGGAUUUGAAUGAGCUUGAUAAAAGUAAACUGACUCCAGCCACCAUGUAAACAGCCUUCUACCCCUGUUUCAUGUGAAUGUAUUUGCAGUUUGUGUGUGCGUUGAACUCCUUGAAACUUCAGGCAUGAAGCAGCUUGGUAAGAUGAGUGAGCAAGAAACGGAACAACGAAGGGAGAAGGGUUGGAGGAAGUUCACACCAAAAUAACACUUUAUUUUGAUGUGAAAUCAAGCCGUCUGCAACCCUCCAAAUUUGAAUAUCUCACCAGCUCACUUACACAUUCACUGUGGGACACCUAAAGACAAAAUCAAGAAUUGGUAGAACGGUUUUGUUUUCCUCACAUUCUUGUCUUCUUGAUAUUCUCACACCUCCGUUGUGUGCCAGUCCAUCCUCACACCUCUCUUCUCUGUCUCUAUCUCCAGUCUCCAACCCACUUUGUCUCCCUGCUUCCAUCAUUCACCCACUAACACUUCAAAGAAAAUGUCAGAUCAGGCCGCCGCGCUGUGCCCAGUUUUCUCAACAUUCCUGGCAUUCCAGCUGCUAAGCGGAAUUCUGCUGCCUCGGAUAAAACCGUGAUCCUCCGACCCUGAACGCAUAACAGAGGAAAGGGAGAUAGAAACUCAGGAAGCCGGAGAGAGGAAGUUUUUUAGGGGAGAUGGCUGACAGAAAAGGGGCAAUCAAGCCGCCUAUUGUAGGGAAGAAGAUAAAAAAAAAAAGCACUCCAGGAUGAGAGACGCUUUCAAAAUCCAGCACAUAAGAGACUGCAGCUCACUCAGCUGUUUCAAUCAGCACACUCUGGUUUCUGGGUUUUUUGCACAAAUCUGCGGGAAUCUGAGAAAUGUUCUUGCUGAAAAUACAGCUAAUACUGUGUGUGUGUGUGUGUGUGUGUGUGUGUGUGUGUGUGUGUGUGUGUGUGUGUGUGUGUGUGUGUGUGUGUGUGUGUGUGUGUGUGUGUGUGUGUGUGUGUGUGUGUGUGUACACAUUCCAGUCUCCCUGCAGCAGCUCAGGAAGAGGCUCUUUUGUUUAAGGGGUGGAGGGUUACCAGCACUCUGUGGGAGCUGGCAGCAAAUGCAAGCAUGUGAGCCGUGUGCAUGUGUGUGUGUCUUUAGGUAGCUAUCAGGAGCAUCAAAGCAACAAGGCAAGAAGUUAAACGAGCAUACGCAUUAUCCAGCUGUGGGAAAUGAUAGCUUCGCCUGUCAUGUCUCCAUCAUCACCUCCCAAGCUUCCCACCGUCCACUCACUAGGGCUCGCUUACACGCUGGAUUCAAGCAGAGAAAAUGAGAUUUUACACGCUACUGCCGUUCUGAAGACAGAAUAGAAAUAACUGGACAUCAAGACGACUCUCGGGUCACAGUGAAACCCAAUCACAGCAGUAUAUUUAUGCGCAUGUGUGUUCUGUGAGUCACGGGUGUUAUUUGACAGAUGGGCGAUACUUAAUACUCUUAAAAAUUGCGACUGUUUGACAGGCAGCGCAGAGGUCACAUUCACACAGACUCACCCGUGACGAUUUUUGGCCGUUCAAACAAAAGCAGCCUCGCUUUGUCAGCUUGUGAGCUUUGCUCUCUUUCUCAUGCAUUUCAGUUUAAUGCACAUAGAUGAGCACAAAAACCACCAUAAUAAAGUAGAUGAUUUGUUCACAUUUCACAGAGGACUUUUAAUCGCUAAAGUGCCUGGGUGAAUUUUUCACCCAGGCACUUUGAGAUUGAGAUUAUUUGUCCAAAAUGCCAUUCUGCGUUUGCAUAGUUACUGUGCCUAUCGAUAUGUGUUUGCUUUUUAUCACAGAAAAAAAGGCUGUUUAAUCGUUUAUCUGCAGAAAAGUAAAUGCCAACUUAUCAUUUUCUUACCAAUCAAGUGAUCUUGCCAUUAAAAGUUAAGAAGUGGGAAAAAUCCACAAUUUUUAUGGGUUAUAUAUCACUGUAAGAAAAAUAUUUUGGAAUAUUGUUAGAUUGUCGAUUAUUUGGAUUAGUUCUAGACAUAUCAGACGUGAAAUGAUUGGAUGGUUUCAAAUAUAUGCAUUGUAAAAGCAUGUGGGGAGGUGUGUGUGUGUGUGUGUGUGUGUGUGUGUGUGUGUGUGUGUGUGUGUGUGUGUGUGUGUGUGUGUGUGUGUGUGUGUGUGUGUGUGUGUUUGCUCCAAAGUGACGUUCCUCUUGUCCCAUUUAACUGUUUCGUUUUCUCCUGCAGUUCUUUGCAAGAGUAUCACAACGACACACAAAGUUUUAUUAGAUUUUCACAUGAUCUUGCUUUCAAACAGAUUUGACCUGGAGCUUCUGUUUUUCACACCUGUGGAUUCACAUGAGUGUGCUGUUGUAUUUUCAACUCAGAAAGAAAAAAUGCUGAUCAGUUUUUAAGUCAGAAUUGAUGAUCAUGAGUCAACCUGCUUUGCUGUCUUCAGACAAAAAUAUUCAUAACACACUCUAUGCUUCUCCUUAAUAAUUUAUUGUUCUGUAUUGUUUUAUUAAAAAUGUCAGCUGGUUGGUUUUGAUAAAUAAAAUA